GGGCGGGGAAGGAGUGUCCUGGGCUAACUCCACCUGGACGCGUCUCGCGCCACGGCGCGGCAGGGAGGAGCUGCGUCCGCACCCCGGGAAGAAGAAGAAGACGAUGAUGAUGGUGAAGAAGAAGGUGAUGAAGAAGGUGAUGAUGAUGCUGUCGGGACGCCACGGAAGCGGCGGUGGCGACCUCCUCCUCCUAGUGCUGCUCGGCGCUCUCUGGGCCGGGUGCCGCGGCCAGGAAGUGUGCGUGGGGACGGAGAAUCUCUUCAGCACCCUGGCCACGCCCGAGCUGCAGUUCCAGGCGCUGCGUAAGACUUACGAAAAGUGCGAGGUGGUCCUGGGGAAUCUGGAGGUCACCAACAUCGCUCGCCACCAGAACAUCUCCUUCCUCAAGAGCAUCCGCGAGGUGUCGGGCUACGUGCUCAUCGUGCUUAACGAGUUCGAGGAGGUGCCGCUCGAGAACCUGCGUCUCAUCCGCGGCACGCGCCUCUACGACGACUCGUACGCCCUCGUGGUGCUGCUCAACUACAACAAGUUCCACCACGAUCGCGUGGGGCUCAAGCAGCUGCGGUUUGGCAGGCUCACCGAGAUCCUCACGGGAGGGGUGUUCAUCAGCGAGAACAAGUUCCUGUGCUUCGACGACACCGUCGUGUGGAGAGAUAUCGUCCGUGACAGCGAGAGGGUGAAGCUGGAUGACAAAAACUCCACCGCGUGCCCCAAGUGUCCGGACAGCUGUGACGGCCACUGUUGGGCACCCGAACCCAGCAUGUGCCAGAAACAGACGAAGCUGGUUUGUGCUCGUCAGUGUGACGGCCGCUGCUACGGACCCAGCCCCAGCGAGUGCUGCCACUCGCAGUGCGCCUCGGGGUGCUCGGGCCCACGCGAGACCGACUGCUACGCCUGCAAGAAUUUCAACGACAGCGGCGCCUGCGUGCGGCUCUGCCCCCCCCUCUCCAUCUACAAUCCCACGGCGUUCCAGCAUGAGGACAACCCCAACGGGAAAUACAGCUACGGCGCCACCUGCGUCAAGCAGUGCCCACACAACUUCGUGGUUGACCACAACUCGUGCGUGAGGGCGUGCCCCAAGGGGAAGCUGGAGGUUGAGAGGAACGGGGUGAAGAUGUGCGAGGCCUGCCCGGGAGUCUGCCCCAAAGCGUGCGACGGGAUCGGCAUGGACUCGCUGAGCAAGGCACAGACGGUGGAUGCCAGCAACAUCGACUCGUUCCAGAACUGCACCAAGAUCAACGGAAACGUCGUCUUCUACAACACGGGAUUCCAGGGGGACAGCUACCUCCAGAUCCCUCCGCUGGACCCCACCAAGCUGAUGGUGUUCAGGACCGUGACGGAGAUCACGGGCUACCUGAUGAUCCAGUACUGGCCGCCAGACAUGAUGGACCUCAGUGUGUUCGAGAACCUUCGCAUCAUUCGCGGACGCACCCAGCACAACAUGCGCUCUCUACUUUUGGUCGGCAUCCCCACACUGACGUCGCUGGGGCUGCGGGCGCUGCGCGAGGUGAGCGCGGGCGACGUCUACCUGCACAGCAACGAGCGACUCUGCUACGCGGCGACGCUGCGCUGGGAGUUGCUCUUUCCCUCGCCCACGCACAGCCAGAGCCUCGUGGCCUCGGGCGGCCCCAGCGCCGACAACUGCACGGCGAUGGGUGCGGUGUGCGACCCGCUGUGCCAGGACGGCUGCUGGGGGCCGGGCCCGGCUCAGUGCCUCUCUUGCAGCUUCCGCCGCGGUGGCAGGGAGUGCGUCAGCGGCUGCCACCUCUACGACGGGCCCUACCGGGAGAUCGUGGAGGGUACGGAGUGCGUGGCGUGCGACCCCGAGUGCCUGCCCAUCAACGGCUCGCUCACCUGCACGGGUCAGGGUGCGGACCGGUGCGUGCGCUGUGCGAGGGUGCGGGACGGUCCGCACUGCGUGGAGCGAUGUCCGGUCGCGGUCAUCGACGCCACGGGCUCCAUCCUCUCCAAGUUCGUCGACGCCAACGGAACGUGUCAGCUGUGCCACGUCAAUUGCUCCAAGGGGUGCGAUGGCCCCACAGAGGCCGACUGCCGCAGGAGCUGGCAGGAGAUCACGAGCGGCCCUAGCAGCAGCUCGCGCGUGCCGCUCGUCGCGUUCGGGGUGGUGGGCGGCGUCCUCGUCGUGGGCCUCGUCGUCAUCCUCGCCGGCCUGUGGCUGCGGCGGCGCCGCAUCGCCAACAAGAGGGUGAUGCGCAGGAUCAUCCGCGACGAGGAGCUGGUCCAGCCGCUCACCCCGAGCGGAGUGGCGCCCAACCAGGCGCAGCUGCGCAUCCUCAAGGAGACGGAGUUGCGGCGCGGCAGCGAGCUCGGCUCGGGCGCCUUCGGCACCGUGCACAAGGGUGUCUGGGUGCCCGAGGGGGAAUCUGUGAAGAUCCAGGUGGCGAUCAAGGUGCUGCGAGAGGGGACAUCGCCCCGUGCCAACAAGGAGAUCCUGGAUGAGGCGUACGUGAUGGCGAGCGUGGAGCACCCCCACCUGGUGCGCCUGCUGGGCGUGUGCCUGGCGCCCAGCGUGCAGCUCGUGACGCAGCUCAUGCCGCUCGGCUGCCUGCUGGAGUACACGCGGCGCCACCGCGACGCCAUCGGCUCCCAGCUGCUGCUCAACUGGUGUGUGCAGAUCGCCAAGGGCAUGAUGUACCUGGAGGAGCGCCGCCUCGUGCACCGGGACCUGGCGGCGCGGAACGUCCUGGUGAAGACGCCGCAGCACGUCAAGAUCACCGACUUCGGGCUGGCGCGGCUCCUCGACGUCAACCAGGACGAGUACCAGGCGGACAGCGGCAAGAUGCCCAUUAAGUGGAUGGCGCUGGAGUCGAUCCAGUACCGCACGUUCACGCACCAGAGCGACGUGUGGAGCUACGGUGUGACGGUGUGGGAGCUGAUGACGUUUGGGGGGAAGCCGUAUGAGGGGAUUCCUGCGCGGGAAAUCCCGGAGCUCCUGGAGAAGGGGGAGCGGCUCCCACAGCCGCCCAUCUGCACCAUCGACGUCUACAUGAUCAUGGUGAAAUGUGAGUCUCCGAGAUCCACCAGAGACACUCGCUCACACAUCUGGUGGUCCACCAUCUGCUGGUCCAGCAUCUGCUGGUCCACAAUCUGGUGGUCCAACAUCCGGUGGUCCACCAUCCAGUGGUCAAACAUAUAGUGGUCCAACAUCCGGUGGUCCAACAUCUGGUGGUCCACAAUCUGGUGGUCCAACAUAUGGUGGUCUACCAUCUGGUGGUCCACAAUCUGGUGGUCCAACAUCUGGUGGUCCACCAUCUGGCAGUCCA